ACUUUUUACAUGAGUAAACACCUUGUCACGUGACAUACGUAACUCGAACGAAAAAGAACCAUUGCCGCACCGAAAAAGAAUAACAGACAUUCAGUCCUAGUAAUCAGAAGUGGAGAGACAACACUCGGCUGCCUAGACAAUGGCAUACAACUAUGUCAUUGGGCCUGGUGGCCAGCCAAUCAUCCUGGGUCAGAUGCAGAUGGUUCCACUCAUGCAGGUGUCUGGACCACCGGCCCAGAUUCCGCAGAUUGCCACAGCUGCACAGGUUAUUCAACAACAACCUGCUGUCCCUGUGCAGGCCAAAGCACCGGAAUUUAUGUCUGAAGAAAAACUACAAGAGAAAGCUCGGAAGUGGCAACAACUGCAAGCAAAACGUUACAGUGAGAAACGCAAGUUUGGAUUUGUUGAUGCACAGAAGGAAGAUAUGCCUCCAGAACAUGUCAGGAAGAUUAUUCGCGACCAUGGUGACAUGACUAACAGAAAGUUCAGACAUGACAAACGUGUUUAUCUUGGAGCACUGAAGUACAUGCCCCAUGCAGUGUUGAAACUACUUGAGAACAUGCCAAUGCCGUGGGAGAAGAUUCGUGAUGUGAAUGUUCUGUAUCACAUAACUGGUGCCAUCACAUUUGUCAAUGAGAUACCCUGGGUCAUAGAGCCUGUGUAUAUGGCACAGUGGGGGACAAUGUGGAUCAUGAUGAGGAGGGAGAAGCGUGACCGCCGCCACUUCAAGCGUAUGAGGUUCCCCCCGUUUGAUGACGAGGAGCCUCCCCUCGACUAUGCAGACAACAUCCUCGACGUGGAGCCCCUGGAGUCCAUCCAGAUGGAACUGGAUCCAGAGGAAGACAAGGUGGUCAUGGACUGGUUCUAUGACCACCAGCCACUCAUUGACUCCAAGUUUGUGAAUGGUACAACAUACAGAAAGUGGAACCUGACCUUACCGAUGAUGUCAGUGCUGUAUCGUCUUGGAAAUCAACUGCUUACAGACCUUGUGGAUGAAAACUACUUCUACUUGUUUGAUCUGAAAUCCUUCUUCACUGCAAAGGCCCUCAAUAUGGCCAUACCAGGGGGCCCAAAGUUUGAACCCCUUGUCAAGGACAAAGAACUCCAAGAUGAAGACUGGAACGAGUUCAAUGACAUCAACAAGAUUAUCAUCAGACAGCCAGUGCGCACAGAGUACCGCAUUGCCUUCCCUUAUCUGUACAACAACAUACCGUACCAAGUGCACCUGUCCUAUUACCACUGGCCGAACAUUGUGUUCAUCAAGACGGAGGACCCUGACCUACCAGCCUUCUACUUUGAUCCCUUGAUCAACCCCAUAUCCCACAGAAUGACCACAAAGUACACAGACCCGUUGCCAGAGGAUGAUGAGGAAUUUGAACUUCCAGAAUAUGUCGCCCCGUUCCUUUCUGAGACCCCUCUGUACACUGACAACACAGCCAAUGGUAUUGCCCUCCUGUGGGCCCAACGACCUUUCAACACGAGGUCAGGCCGCACGCGCAGGGCCAUUGAUGUGCCCCUUGUGAAGUCCUGGUACCGGGAACAUCCCCCCUCAGGGAUGCCUGUGAAAGUACGGGUCUCCUAUCAAAAGCUCCUCAAGUACUACGUGCUGAACGCUCUGAAACACAGGCCUCCAAAAUCACAGAAAAAGAGGUACCUGUUUCGUUCGUUCAAGGCCACUAAGUUCUUCCAGACCACACAGCUGGACUGGGUGGAGGUUGGUCUGCAGGUCUGUCGCCAGGGUUACAACAUGCUCAACCUUCUCAUCCACCGCAAGAACCUCAACUACCUGCACUUGGACUACAACUUCAACCUGAAGCCUGUGAAGACGCUCACGACAAAGGAAAGAAAGAAGUCUCGCUUCGGGAAUGCCUUCCAUCUGUGUCGUGAGGUGCUCAGGCUGACAAAGCUCAUUGUGGACAGCCAUGUGCAGUAUCGACUAGGCAAUGUGGAUGCUUUCCAGUUAUCUGAUGGUAUCCAGUAUGUUUUUGCCCACGUGGGUCAGCUGACAGGCAUGUACAGAUACAAGUACAAGCUGAUGAGACAGAUCAGAAUGUGCAAGGACCUGAAACACGUUAUCUACUACAGGUUCAACACUGGUCCAGUUGGGAAAGGCCCAGGCUGUGGUAUAUGGGCGCCAGGCUGGCGUGUGUGGCUGUUCUUCAUGCGAGGUAUCACGCCCCUGCUGGAGCGAUGGCUGGGUAACCUACUCUCCAGGCAGUUUGAGGGCCGACACUCGAAGGGUGUGGCCAAGACAGUCACCAAACAGAGGGUGGAGAGUCACUAUGACCUCGAGCUCAGAGCGGCUGUUAUGCACGACAUUCUGGACAUGAUGCCAGAGGGUAUCAAGCAGAACAAGGCCCGCACCAUCCUACAACACCUGAGUGAGGCGUGGAGAUGUUGGAAGGCCAACAUACCAUGGAAGGUGCCCGGCCUUCCAAUCCCAAUAGAGAAUAUGAUUUUGCGGUAUGUGAAGGCCAAGGCUGACUGGUGGACCAACACCGCUCACUACAACAGAGAGAGGAUUCGCAGAGGAGCUACGGUUGAUAAGACGGUGUGCAAGAAGAAUCUGGGCCGUCUGACCCGUCUGUACCUGAAGGCCGAGCAGGAGAGACAGCACAACUAUCUGAAGGAUGGCCCCUACAUCACCCCUGAGGAGGGUGUAGCCAUCUAUACCACCACCGUGCACUGGCUUGAGAGUAGAAGAUUUUCCCCUAUCCCAUUCCCUCCCCUGUCCUACAAGCACGACACGAAGCUGUUAGUGCUGGCCUUGGAGAGGCUGAAAGAGGCGUACAGUGUAAAGUCUAGGCUGAACCAGUCACAGAGGGAGGAGCUGGGACUCAUAGAACAGGCUUAUGACAACCCACACGAGGCACUCUCCAGAAUCAAGCGUCACCUGCUCACUCAGAGAGCUUUCAAAGAGACUGGUAUAGAGUUCAUGGACCUGUACAGCCACCUGAUCCCUGUGUACGAUGUUGAGCCCCUAGAGAAGAUCACAGACGCCUACCUGGACCAGUACCUGUGGUACGAGGCGGACAAGCGCAGGCUAUUCCCGCCUUGGAUCAAACCAGCCGACAUCGAACCUCCACCUACCCUGGUGUACAAGUGGUGUCAAGGUAUCAACAACCCGGAUGUGUGGGACACAGCGGAAGGUGAGUGCAAUGUGAUGAUGGAGACACGGUUUGAGAAGAUGUACGAGAAAAUAGAUCUCACGCUACUCAACAGGCUGUUGUCUAAUGUGGACCACAACAUUGCAGACUACAUGAGCAAGAACAAUGUGGUCAUCAACUACAAGGACAUGAACCACACCAACUCGUACGGCAUCAUACGUGGUCUCCAGUUUGCCUCGUUCAUCACACAGUACUACGGCCUGGUGAUGGACCUUCUGGUUCUCGGUCUCAUGCGCGCCUCCGAGAUGGUCGGUCCCCCUCAGAUGCCCAACGCCUUCCUGCAGUUCCAGGACACCACCACGGAGGGUGCACACCCCAUUAGGCUCUACUCCAGAUAUGUCGACAAGAUACACAUCUACUUCAGGUUCUCUGCUGAGGAGGCCAGGGACUUGAUCCAGCGCUACCUGACUGAGCACCCAGACCCAAACAAUGAGAACAUCGUGGGCUACAACAACAAGAAGUGCUGGCCCAGGGACUCGAGGAUGAGGCUCAUGAAACAUGAUGUUAACCUGGGCCGCGCAGUGUUCUGGGACAUCAAAAACCGUCUGCCACGCUCUGUGACCACCAUUGAGUGGGACGGCAGUUUUGUGUCAGUGUAUAGCAAGGACAACCCCAACCUGCUGUUCAACAUGUGUGGCUUUGAGUGUCGUAUACUGCCCAAGUGUCGCACCACCCACGAGGAGUUCACUCACAAAGAUGGUGUCUGGAACCUGCAGAAUGAGGUGACAAAGGAGAGGACUGCCCAGUGCUUCCUACGUGUGGACGAUGACUCCAUGAACAAGUUUCAUAACCGGGUCAGACAGAUACUAAUGGCCUCGGGCUCUACCACAUUUACAAAGAUUGUCAACAAGUGGAACACUGCCCUGAUUGGCCUGAUGACCUACUUCCGAGAGGCCGUUGUCAACACCCAGGAGUUACUGGACCUGCUGGUAAAAUGUGAAAAUAAGAUCCAGACCAGAAUCAAGAUCGGCCUCAACUCUAAAAUGCCCAGCAGGUUCCCCCCUGUUGUGUUCUACACACCCAAGGAGCUUGGAGGUCUGGGCAUGCUGAGUAUGGGCCACGUGCUGAUCCCUCAGUCUGACCUGCGCUGGUCCAAGCAGACCGAUGUCGGCAUCACACACUUCCGAUCGGGAAUGUCACACGACGACGAUCAACUUAUUCCCAACUUGUACAGGUACAUCAUGCCUUGGGAGAGUGAGUUCAUUGACUCCCAGAGAGUCUGGGCUGAAUAUGCUCUCAAGAGGCAGGAGGCAAACGCACAGAACAGGCGUCUGACCCUAGAGGACCUGGACGACAGUUGGGACCGAGGCAUCCCUCGUAUCAACACCCUGUUCCAGAAGGACAGACACACACUCGCAUAUGACAAGGGUUGGAGAGUGCGCACAGAGUUCAAGGCUUACCAGGUUCUAAAGCAGAAUCCCUUCUGGUGGACCCACCAGCGCCACGAUGGUAAGCUGUGGAACCUGAACAACUACCGCACGGACAUGAUCCAGGCCCUCGGAGGGGUGGAGGGAAUACUGGAACACACGCUCUUCAAGGGCACAUACUUCCCUACCUGGGAGGGACUCUUCUGGGAGAAAGCAAGCGGUUUUGAGGAAUCCAUGAAGUACAAGAAGCUGACAAAUGCACAGAGAUCUGGUCUCAACCAGAUUCCUAACAGAAGAUUCACCCUGUGGUGGUCACCCACAAUCAACAGGGCUAAUGUGUACGUAGGUUUCCAGGUACAGCUGGAUCUGACAGGGAUCUUCAUGCACGGCAAGAUCCCCACAUUGAAGAUCUCUCUCAUACAGAUCUUCAGGGCUCACUUGUGGCAGAAGAUCCAUGAGAGCGUUGUCAUGGACCUCUGUCAGGUGUUUGACCAGGAGUUGGACGCCCUUGAGAUAGAGACCGUGCAGAAGGAGACCAUCCACCCCCGCAAGUCCUACAAGAUGAACAGCUCUUGCGCUGACAUUCUGCUCUUUGCUGCAUACAAGUGGAACGUCUCAAAGCCUUCACUGCUUGCUGACUCAAAGGAUGUAAUGGAUAACGCUACUACCCAGAAGUACUGGCUAGACAUUCAGCUGCGUUGGGGUGAUUAUGAUUCCCACGACAUUGAGAGGUACACAAGAGCCAAGUUCCUUGACUACACUUCAGACAACAUGAGUAUUUACCCCUCACCUACCGGCGUGCUCAUUGGCAUUGAUCUGGCUUACAACUUGCACAGUGCGUAUGGCAAUUGGUUCCCGGGUUCCAAGCCUCUCAUCCAACAGGCCAUGGCCAAGAUCAUGAAGGCCAACCCGGCCCUGUACGUGCUUAGGGAGAGGAUCCGCAAGGGGCUGCAACUCUACUCCUCAGAGCCUACUGAGCCCUACCUGAGCUCACAGAACUACGGCGAGCUGUUCUCCAAUCAGAUCAUCUGGUUCGUUGAUGACACCAAUGUGUACCGUGUCACCAUACACAAGACAUUUGAGGGUAACCUGACGACCAAGCCAAUCAAUGGAGCCAUCUUCAUCUUCAACCCACGGACGGGGCAGCUGUUUUUGAAGAUCAUCCAUACCUCUGUAUGGGCAGGACAAAAACGUCUUGGACAGCUUGCCAAGUGGAAGACUGCAGAAGAAGUGGCCGCUUUAAUUCGCUCCCUGCCAGUGGAGGAGCAGCCAAAGCAGAUCAUUGUCACCAGGAAGGGAAUGUUGGACCCCCUUGAGGUGCAUCUCCUCGACUUCCCCAACAUUGUCAUCAAGGGCAGUGAACUCCAGCUGCCCUUCCAGGCCUGUCUUAAGGUGGAGAAGUUUGGAGACCUGAUCUUGAAGGCUACAGAACCACAAAUGGUGUUGUUCAACCUGUAUGAUGACUGGCUCAAGACUAUAUCUUCAUACACUGCAUUCUCUCGGCUGAUCCUGAUCCUGCGUGCCCUGCACGUGAACAAUGACCGCACAAAAAUCAUCCUGAAACCAGACAAGACGACCAUCACCGAGGCACACCACAUCUGGCCCUCUCUCUCCGACGAGGAGUGGAUGAAAAUUGAAGUCCAGCUCAAGGAUCUCAUUCUGGCUGACUACGGCAAGAAAAACAAUGUGAAUGUGGCGUCCCUGACCCAGUCGGAGAUUCGAGACAUCAUCCUGGGUAUGGAGAUCUCCGCCCCGUCAGCCCAGCGUCAGCAGAUAGCCGAGAUAGAGAAACAGACCAAGGAGCAGUCCCAGCUGACUGCCACCACCACACGCACGGUGAACAAGCAUGGUGAUGAGAUCAUCACCUCAACAACGAGUAACUACGAGACUCAGACCUAUGCCUCCAAGACAGAGUGGCGCGUUAGAGCCAUCUCUGCUACAAACUUGCAUCUCCGCACGAACCACAUCUAUGUAUCCUCAGAUGACAUUAAGGAGACUGGAUACACAUACAUUUUGCCGAAGAAUGUUCUGAAGAAGUUUAUCAUCAUCUCAGACUUGCGCGCACAGAUUGCCGGGUACCUGUAUGGAGUUAGCCCCCCUGACAACCCGCAGGUGAAGGAGAUACGGUGUAUCGUGAUGCCUCCACAGUGGGGCACUCACCAGACUGUUCACCUGCCCAAUAUUCUACCAGAACAUGAAUAUCUCAAGGAGAUGGAGCCCCUAGGGUGGAUCCACACCCAGCCCAAUGAGCUGCCCCAGCUGUCCCCCCAGGACAUCACCACCCAUGCCCGUGUGAUGCAGGAGAAUCAACACUGGGACGGGGAGAAGACAGUCAUCAUCACAUGCAGUUUCACGCCAGGUUCCUGCUCCCUAACGGCCUACAAGCUGACCCCUAGCGGGUAUGACUGGGGUCGCCAGAACACGGACACUGGCAACAACCCCAAGGGCUACCUGCCCUCCCACUAUGAGAGGGUGCAGAUGCUGCUGUCUGACCGCUUCCUGGGUUUCUUCAUGGUCCCUUCACAGACAUCAUGGAACUAUAACUUCAUGGGUGUGCGUCACGACCCCAACAUGAAGUAUGAGCUGAUGCUGUCCAACCCAAAGGAGUUCUACCAUGAGGUACACAGACCCUCACACUUCCUCAACUUCUCACAGAUGGAGGAGGGGGAGCAAAUAGGGGCUGAUAGGGAGGACCUCUUUAUUUAGGGGCUAUACCAAGGGGACAUCAUUUGUAAUGUGCUUUUAAGUGAACACUUAUGCUGAAAUGGCAUUGAUUGACCUCCUGAAUCUAGUUUUUUUUUAUGAUUUGAGUUUUUCGUGUCGCUAUUCAAAUAAAUGUACCAAAUGGGGAGUAUAAUCAACAUAAUAUUGUUUUUUACAUAAUUGUCCUUCAUUUUGUUGCUGCUAUUUAGUAGAAACUUGUUUUUGGAUUUUGAUUCAGAGCAAGUAGUAUUUCAUUGUGUUGAUUCAGAGCAAGUAGUAUUUCAUUGUGUUGAUUCAGAGCAAGUAGUAUUUCAUUGUGUUGAUUCAGAGCAAGUAGUAUUUCAUUGUGUUGAUUCAGAGCAAGUAGUAUUUCAUUGUGUUGAUUCAGAGCAAGUAGUAUUUCAUUGUGUUGUUACUAAGACCUGCAAAAAAAUCGAUUAUUCUCUACAUUCAGAGAAACUGUUCAUUUAUUAUCUUGUCUACUAUAUUUGAGAACAUUUGUAUUUCCCUGUGUUGGAGGCAAAUAUUGAAAUAUAAAUGAUAAUAUUAACUUAUUAAUGCAUUGUUUAAUCAUAAAUUUGCUUGUUCUCCCUUUGACUUGCCUGGAAGUGUUAUGUUCUGUGCAGGUAAUAUGACUCAUUGCCAUAGCUAUGUUUAUUUGGUUUAUAAUGAUAGCAUAUUCAUCAGACUCGUAUAUCAUACACAUGCUUCAUGUUGUGUUAUACAUUACAUCAUUGUGUUUAACGAUCAUGAUAGGAAGCCUUUUGAUUUCUUGUUAAGAAAGCAUAUUUCUACCCUUCCGGGCACCAGAAUUUCGUUGCUUUCCCAAGAAAGACUGUAUGGUUUCAGUGACCAGCAUUUCUUACUAUUACAGGAAGGCAUCUUUAAAUGUGUACGAAAUUAAUUUCAAUAUUGAUAGCAAAAUGCGUUAUUAUUUUAUAUUGUGAAAUUAAUUGAAAUCAUGCGGUUACAUAAUUAAGUGGAAUUGGAUAUUCCUUUUUUAUUUUCUGUAAAUAUUUUAGUUUUAAAUAUGCACAAUUAUUUUGUAUAAGCGUUCUGUGGACAUUUCUGUGAAUGUGUUGUCAUCAAUGUAUUACACUUUUCCAUGUUAUCUGAUCAUUUAAAACUAUUUUUCAUAUAUAUCUAGUUUGAUAACUCUGUUUGAGGCAUGGCGUUAAUCGGUGGGUUUAUUAGUUGUCAGCACUUUUGGAGACCAGCAACAAUAUAGCUAUCAUAAUAAAUAAAGUUUGAGACAAAUGGUUCAGCAAUUAUUCGACAUUAACAUGGAUUAUCUCUAUUAUGGUAAUGCAACAAUCUGUCAAUAAAAUGUUUCCAUCAGA